UAAACACAUAUUAAUUAAGUUACUUGUUAUGGCAUCAACUUCUAGCAAGAUGACUCGACGAACAAACAAUUUCAGCAGUAAUAAUAGCGCAAGGUCUUUUAUGAUAAACGAUAUUUUACAAAAUCGGAAAAAUCCGGAAAAGGGAAGCAAGGGUUUUACAUCAUGUGGAGAUAUUCAUUCUCGUUUUCAGCUCGGAGGAAAGAAUCCAUAUAAUAACCCUUACAAUUUCAUACCUACGAAUCGUAUGCGACCGGGAUUCUUAUUUUCCGAUUUAUUCAAUCCUUCUGCGGCAAAUAUCCCGAUUCCCUGUGCGAAUAGAAUCAAUCCAUUUUUUAAAAUUGGGAUGAAUUUUCCUCCUGGCGACAACGGAUUUCUUCUAAACCGAGCUGCAGAAUUAAUGUCAGCCAAUUGUGUUAUACCACCUCUUUCCGUCCCAUUUUCUAUGCAUGGUACAUACGAUCAUCCUCAUCUUAAUAUGUACAUGAGAAACAGAUUUUUUAAUCUGUCAGAUGUUGGAAGUGUUGGAUCCCGCAAAUGUAGAAGGAGCAGAACCGUUUUUAGCGAGCUGCAACUUAUGGCUUUAGAAGAAAGAUUUAAACAACAAAAAUAUCUUUCGACUCCUGAUAGAAUGGAACUUGCAGAAGCUCUUGGUUUAACUCAACUUCAAGUUAAAACCUGGUAUCAGAAUAGAAGAAUGAAAUGGAAAAAACAGGUACAAAAUAAAGAAGAACGAAAUAAAUCAUCGGAAGAUGGGAGAGGGGUCGCAAAAGUGGAAGCUCCCAGCAGUCCGGACACUUCAGCAAUGCCGACGAUAUUCAAACAAACCACGCAAGCCGAUUAUCCGGUAGAUUAUGAACCCGAGCUAGGCAAAGUCUCAUCAAUGACCGAUUCAAUUAGUUUCAAUUCUGGCAUUCCAAGCAGAAAUACUAAAAUGUCUCAAAAUAGACGUUUUGUGGGAUUUCCGCCGUUUUCGGACACUUCAUCGGUCAAAAAAUAGUUUGAAUUUGAAACUUGAGCCUUGAAGUCGAGGAAAUGCAAAGAAACAUCAAGAAAUUGCUAGGUUCGGAUGUAAAACUGCAGUCAUUUCCACGAAAUAUUCAAUUAUUGGUCGUGAAACGCGAAGCAAUUGAAUUGCCAUUAUUUGUUUUAAAUAUUUUUGCGUUCCCCGAAUAUAUUCAUCCGCCGUAAAUAUUGCAACAAUAAUAAAACUUUGGCCACUGUCCCGCAAGUGUAUGCGG